AUGGUUCUGCCGAAAUUAACGGGAAACUUGCCGACUUGCCAUAUUAGCGCACUAACUCGACAGGCUUUCCCAGAUCUCACGUUGGCGGAUAAGAGGUUCUUCGUCAAUGAACCCGUGGACGUCAUACUCGGUGGUGACGUCUAUCCCCAGAUUAUGCUGGAUGGCAUACGCAAGAACGUGCUGGGAUCACUUCUUGCGCAAGAGACAGUGUUCGGUUGGAUAGUCACAGGGCGUGCUAAUACAAUUAAGCCAACCAACACUUGCGUCUCUUAUUAUAACGAAAUAUCGCUGGAAAAGCAGUUAGCUUCGUUCUGGGAAUUGGAAGAGAUCUCCAAGGAAAAGAAAUUAAGCGAGGAGGAAAGGUACUGUGAAGAGCUCUAUAAAGAGACAACGAAGCGAAAUGAAGACGGGAAAUACGUUGUAUCGCUACCAUUCAGGAAAGACUAUCCGGUCAACAUUAGUCUAGGUAGUUCCUUAAAGAUUGCGUACUCCCAGUUUUAUCGCAAUGAAGCUCGGUUGUCCAGAGACGAAAACCUGCAAAAAGAAUACAACAGAGUGUUAAAUGAAUAUGUUGAGCUGGGUCAUAUGGCAAAGAUACAUACCAAUCAAACGGCCGACUCUAGUAACAACUAUUACCUGCCUCACCACGCCGUAAAAAAGGAAGAGAGCACAUCGACCAAGGUGCGUGUGGUGUUCAAUGCAUCGCAAGCGACUUCAAACGGCACUUCGCUGAAUGACAUCCUUCUCCCCGGUCCAGUUCUUCAGGCAGAUCUGACCAUUUUAAUUCUGCGAUGGCGUUUAUUUAAAUAUGUCUUCAAUAGCGAUAUUGAGAAGAUGUAUCGCCAGAUCCUGUUGAAAGCUGAUCAAACGAAGUACCAGCGAAUCGUUUUCCGCAACCAUCCGACCGAACAAACCAAUAUUUUUGAAUUGAAGACGGUAACGUUCGGAAUCAACUGCGCUCCUUAUCUGGCAAUAAGGACGUUACUCCAAUUAGCUAACAACGAUGAAAGCUCACUACCAGUAGCCUCAAACAUACUCAGGAAGUGCAUGUAUGUUGAUGAUGUCUUAGCAGGUGGACACUCUAUAGAGGCUGCAAUUAAAGCUAGAAAUGAGAUUAGGGACAGCAUUGGAGUCGGCAGGUUUCCCAUUAAGAAAAUGGACAGCCAACUGUGGAAGAAUUUUACAAGGCCUUCCAAAAGACCACUUGCUAAACAAAGAGUUUUUAGACUUCGAAGACACAACCCAGAAUCAUAUACAAAGAGAGCUAUCCUCUCAGAUAUCGCCAAACUGUUUGACCCAUUAGGAUGGCUAGCACCGAUAAUCGUCACAGCCAAAAUGAUAAUGCAACAUAUUUGGUUGGAAGGUACACAAUGGGACGAGGUUGUAUCUCCUACCACAUUGGAUCGUUGGCACACAUUCAUGGAUAACCACAGGUAUAUAAAAAACAUUAAAAUUCCACGAUGGGUCCACUUUUCGCCAACGGACGAUGUGUCAAUUCAUGGUUUCUGCGAUGCAUCAGAGAAAGCAUACGCAGCAACGGUCUACCUGCGCGUAAGGACAAGCAACGAAGUUUUCGUCAGCCUACUAUUGGCAAAAACCAGAGUAGCACCUGUCAAAACUAUCUCUUUACCGCGUCUGGAACUGUGCGGCGCCGUAUUACUGGCCGAAACAGUUGAAUCUGUCGUCAACAACCUGGAGCUGACUCAUCUUAAACUUAAACUAUGGACGGAUUCGACAAUCGUUCUCGCAUGGAUUCGCAAGCCACCAUGUUCAUGGUCAACGUUUGUAUCCCAUCGAGUGACAAAGAUUAUAGAAAAGGUUGGCAACGCAAAUUGGAAUCAUGUCGAUUCAGGAUCUAACCCUGCAGACUUAGCCAGUCGGGGACUUAUGGCACAGGAUUUGGUGGAAAACACCUUGUGGUGCCAGGGACCUUCUUGGCUGCAAGAAGAUCAAUCCAAAUGGCCAUUACGACAAAAUGACUACGAGACGACAAUAGAGGAAAAACAGGUACGUGUACAUGCUUGUACAACAAUACAGGGGGAUUCUAACGACAUCCUUGACCGUUUUUCUAGUUUGCCGAGAGCUUUGAGAGUGUUAUCAUACGUUAUGAGAUUCUCUCAAAGAACUCAUCCAAACACAAAGGCUUCUUUUCAACAAAAGUCUUGCUUAAUUUCAUCCGAAGAAAUUAAAGCAACGACAAGACGUUUGAUAAUAAAUACGAAGAAGCAGAAAUAUGGUCAAGAGUAUGGUUGUCUGAAAUCCGGUAAGCCCAUCGAUGCAAAAAGUGAAAUCAUCUCUCUUAAUCCAUUCCUCGAUAAAGAUGAAGUGAUGAGAACUCGUGGCCGUCUCGGUGCGUCUCUCGAUUUGCAAUACAAUGAGCGCCAUCCAAUUAUCCUUCCAUACAACUGCGUAUUGUCUCGUCUAAUAAUCCAGUUUAUUCAUCAAGUCUCUUUGCAUGGAGAAAAUCAGCUGAUGUUACGGCUAACGCGGGCUCAGUAUUGGAUUCCAAGAGUAAAAAACUUGAUCCGAUCUAUUAUCCACAACUGUAAGACAUGCACGAUCUUUAAAAAACGCGCUCAGACGCAACUUAUGGGUGCACUUCCGUCCGAACGAUCCACAUUUUCACGCGCUUUUACGAAUACGGGGGUAGAUUUCGCGAGUCCGUUCGAAAUAAAAAGCUACCGUGGAAGAGGAUGCCGUGUAUCCAAAGGGUAUGCCUGUCUGUUUGUCUGCUUUACAACAAGGGCCAUCCACCUGGAGGCCACUACCGAUUUAUCGACACAAUCAUUUUUAGCAGCUCUCUCUAGAUUCGUUUCUAGAAGAGGUUGCCCCAAGAAUAUUUAUUCGGACAAUGGUACAAACUUCGUUGGAGCAUCAAGAUCCCUAAGGUCCGAACUUAAAGCCUUCAUAGCCGAUGCUCGCAACAAUGCUAUCUCAAAGUAUAGCCACCAAGCUCUUACAUGGCAUUUCAUACCUGCUGCAGCUCCUCAUAUGGGCGGACUUUGGGAAGCAGGACAUUUUUUGGUCGGCGGACAUCUGAUGGCCCCACCAGAACCGGAUAUAAAUGAAAGCAGUGCCUCUAUCGUAAAUAGAUGGCAAAAACUUAAGGCCUUACAUCAAUCCUUCUGCAAAAGGUGGAAAACCGAAUACCUGAACGAAAUGCAGAAACGCAUUAAGUGGAAACAUCCAAAAACUAAUUUGAAGACAGGUGCUGAUACCCGAGUGCGAGUAGUUGACAUCGUCACUGAAAAAGGCCAAGUUACAAGACCGCUUGCCAAAUUGGUCUUACUACCACCCUACGAGGAGGAAAACGUGGAUGCACACCCUACUCAACACAACAGUUCCCUAGCCACAUCGGAAGCCUAG